ACGUGCAAAAUGCAUAUCGUGUGCUGAAAUAACUCUUGAAUUUCUUCGUGGAAAAUUUAUAUCUUGUUUUCAUUUUCUAUGCAAAACAAGGGACACUGAAAAAAGUCUACAACUUAAGGGAAAAUGGAGGACCGUGAAUCUUCUUCUGAAUGUGCUCUAGGUCGAAAAGAAUUCUGGGACGACUUUUACUCAAAGGAAUUGGAAAACUUUCAUACUUUUGGCGAUGUUGGAGAUAUAUGGUUUGGAAAGAAAAAUGUUGAUCGGAUAGUAAAUUGGUUGUUACAAAAUGAAGUUGGGAAAAAGUCUUCUAUUCUUGAUGUUGGGUGUGGUAAUGGAUACACCUUGAUUUGUUUGGGAAAACAUGGAUUUGAAGAUUUAGCUGGAAUUGACUAUGUUGAAAAUGCUAUUCUGCUAGCAAGAAAUGUUGCCAAGGAGAACAACAUCAAAGUUAAAUUAGAGGCUGCAGAUUUUCUUCAACCCAGUAGCUCAAGCAAUAUUUUAAAUCAUACUUAUGACAUCAUCAUUGACAAAGGAACUUUUGAUGCAGUUUCACUUAACCCAAAUGAAAAUGAAAGCAAAAAGAAGCAAUUCUGCAAACAAGUAAAUCAUCUCUUGUCACAAGAUGGCUAUUUUCUUUUGUUUUCCUGUAACUGGACGAAGGAAGAACUGUUAAAUAUUUUUAAAGAUUUUUUUAGUUUGUAUGAUGAAAUUGAAAUACCUAGCAUAGGGUUUGGAGGAAAAACAGGACAGACUGUCACAGCCAUCAUUUUAAGAAAAUUGUCUCAGAAGUCAUCAGCAGAAAAAUCAUGACAGAACAUUUUGUUUUAUAAAUAAAUUUUUU